AUGUCUACAAAUAUUACCUGGCACGAGGGCAGUAUUUCACGCACAGAACGCGAAAAAUUGUUAGGUCAAAAAGGCUUAACGGUUUGGUUUACGGGAUUGUCUGCUUCGGGAAAAUCUACCUUAGCAAGUGCUUUAGAACAACAGUUAUUGCAUUUAGGCUCGUCAUGUUAUAGGCUUGAUGGGGAUAAUAUUAGAUUUGGGCUUAAUAAGGAUCUAGGUUUUGGACAAAAAGAUCGUGAAGAAAAUAUUAGAAGAAUUGCUGAGGUUGCAAAAUUAUUUGCAGAUUCUACAACAAUUGCGCUUACAUCAUUCAUUUCUCCUUACCAAUCUGAUCGUGAUGUUGCAAGAAAAUUGCAUGAAGAUAGUGGAAUUCCAUUUAUCGAGGUUUAUGUUGAUGCACCUCUCGAAGUUGUUGAACAACGUGAUCCAAAAGGAUUAUAUAAAAAAGCCAAAAUGGGUGAAAUUAAAGAGUUCACCGGCGUUUCGGCACCUUAUGAACCACCUCCAUCCCCGGAACUUCACAUCCGUACCGACAAAUUAAAUUUAAAAGAAAGUGUUAAGAUAAUACUUGAUUACUUAAUUGAGAAAAAAUAUAUUAAUCAAAAGGUUUUAAAUUGA